AUGAAAACAUCAUACCUUUUUCUUACAUAUCUUUCUCUUCUAACCCUGUGUCUCUGUCUGUGUCCUUCAAGAGCAGCAACAAGUGAAGCGGAGGCUUUGAUGAGAUGGAAAUCCAGCCUAUCAUCUUCUGCUUCUCUCAAGUCUUGGUCCGUCAACAACAUCAGCAACCACUGCAGAUGGAUUGGCAUUCGCUGCAACGAUGGGGGAUCUGUCUCUGGGAUUGAUCUCUCCGGUGCAGGCCUUGCAGGGACAUUGCACCUGUUCCAUUUCACUGCAUUGCUGAAUCUCACCACUUUCAAGCUAAAUGGGAAUGCUCUCGGAGGCUCCAUACCAGCUGCUCUUGGCAACCUCACAAGCCUCACUCUCUUGGACCUCUCCAACAAUCUGUUUUCCAGCGCCAUUCCACCAGAGAUCGGCCGCUUGACAGAGCUUCGAUACCUGAGCUUCUCCAGCAACCGUAUGGUUGGAGAAAUCCCAUAUCAGAUUGGCAAUAUGAGGAAGGUGCGCUUCUUGGAUUUGGGCUUCAAUCACUUUGAAACUUCUGACUGGUCUCGAUUUCCCACUUUCCCUUUCCUAACUCACCUUAAUCUUGGUUGGAAUGAACUCAACUCGGAAUUCCCACACUUCAUAACCACAUGUCUCAACCUUACUUUUCUUGAUUUGUCCGUAAACACCUUCACAGGCCAAAUUCCUAAAUCAUUGUUCACCAAUUUGGUCAAACUUGAAUAUCUUAACCUCACCAGCAAUAGUUUUCAAGGCUCCCUGUCACCAAAUAUCACUAACCUCUCCAAGUUGAAGGAACUUCGCCUUGCCGACAACCUCUUCUCUGGCAACAUUCUUGAUUCAGUAAGCCUUAUUCCAAGCUUGCAAAUUCUGGAGCUGAUUGAUAAUUUGUUUAUAGGAGAAAUCCCUCCUUCUAUAGGCCUACUCACGAAUCUCCUAACUCUAGACCUUCGAAUGAACAGAUUCAAUUCCUCCAUUCCCCAAGAGCUCAGCCUGUGUAACAAGCUGACCUACUUAGUUUUAUCCGAUAAUUCACUCUCGGGGCCAUUGCCGCCAUCCUUGUCAAAUCUGGGCAAUUUAUCUGAGUUAAGACUAUCUCGUAAUAGCCUGACUGGUGAAAUAUUGCCCCGUUUCAUCAAGAGUUGGAGAAAACUAAUCUAUCUAAUAAUUGAAGACAAUAAAUUCAGUGGGGAACUUCCACCAGAAAUAGGCUUGCUCACAAACCUCAAGGUUUUGUCUCUUAUGAAUAACUCAUUUUCAGGCAGCAUCCGACUGGAGAUAGGAAACCUAAUAAAUUUGUGGGAGCUGGACCUUUCAACCAAUAACUUUUCAGAUGAUGAGUUUCUAAAUUACGUGGAGAUGAGGCUCAACUUGAAAGGUCAGGAUCAGUUAAUUACGAGACUUUUGGAAACCUUUACAACAAUUGAUUUGUCCUCCAAUAGAUUCUCUGGGAAUAUUCCACCUUCCAUAGGAAACCUUAAGAUUCUCAAAUACUUGAACCUAUCCCACAAUAGCCUCACAGGACAUAUACCUUCAUCUCUUGGAAACUUGAGUGAACUAGAAUCAUUGGACCAAGCCGCCCUGCUUGCCCGUGUGACCGCUUGGUUUGAGAAGAACAUUGAUGAUGAAAAUAUAGCUGAGAAGAACUUUGAGGAUGCUAAAAGGUUUUCAAGGGUUUUAAGGUUUUUGCCCCGGGAGGAUAUUGCUGGGGGACAAAAUGGAAGAAAUGAAUGA